AUGGUUUUGACUUUCCGAUUUUCGCGUUUUUAUUGGUGUGGUUACAACGCCUUUAAGUUGUCUGAUAACCAGGUUGAACCUAGGGGCGAGGUUUUCGAAAAGGCGCUCUUGGAUUGUCCGAUAACCGGGCUAAACCAAGAACUAAUUUUGAAAGGGUUCUUUUUGGAGUCGCCACCAAUGUUUUUACCGGAAACAUCGGAAAAGGAGUCGAGACGGCCAUCUCGUCUGACAAGGACGAGACGGCCGUCUCGCCUUGCAGGAAUGGCAAGACGAGACGGCGGUCUCGCCAUUUGCAUAAGGCGAGACGGCGGUCCCGAAUCCGAGACGGCAGUCUCGACCUUAAAAGGCAAAAAUCCUUAUUUUUAUGCCAAAAAUCCCUCCUAUCCUAGUAUGAGGCCUAAUAGUCUCUCCUAA